AUGUGGUCUAGAGUUAGUAACAUAGCUAUUCCAUAUUUGAACAUUCCUGGAUUGAAAAGUCAUGGAAGUUUAACAGGAUCACAAGGUCAACAGGAUUUGCAAAAUAAACUUCCUAGAUUAUCAACCCCUUCGCCAUUACAGGAACUCUAUAACAAUGUGACUGGAUCAAUGACAGGUUCGUCCGUCGAAAAGAAAGCCGAGGUCGUCAGCGAAGGUGACCUCUAUGGAGAGUUGUCUGAUGACGAUGCACUGGACCAACCGGCCACGGACGCCGCGUCAGCUGACGGCACACAACCUGCCACGCCCUAUGUGGAGCUUCUUCAAAACGACUCCACCGCGAUCAUCUUUCCGCUUGCCGAAGACUUUCUGACUCAAACCGCCGCCGUUCCCGUGUUCAGCAGUGUUACGGAGAUAGUGACCGAAGCAGUGCCAGCGAUUUACCCGACGCCUACUGAGGCCCGACCCCCGCCGACUCUCGGCACAAUUGACACGAAAACGGCGGCACAAUUCCUAAUGGAGUUCUCAGCCAGUUCUCAGAUUAGCACGGCGGCUGGCCCCGAGUUUGGUGGCGGUCCCAAAGGUUCCGAUUCUGCACCCAAUGGAGAAAUGGAGCACGAUUAUUGUGCGAAUGACGGGAGCAAAAGAAAUGAUUUUACAGAAUUCAGACCCGAAAUGGCGGCCUAUUACUACAAACAGUGGAUGCUCGUGAGGAAGAAACUGCGUGCCAAGAACCAACAACUGCGCCGGCUAAGGAAGAGAGUGGAAACUUUGGAAGGGCGCUCGAGAGAGGGUGCUGGAAAGACU